UCUCUUCCUCUUCUUAAAUGGCAGAGGCAGAAGCGUCUGCAGAAGCUGAAGAAGCCCUUCGUCUCCUUCCUCUUCCGCCGCUUCUUCUUCUUCAAGGCAUCGAGAAAUGGGAGAGGAGAAGCGAAAGAAGCCAAGAAGGCUCUGUUUCGUCCUUCCUGCCGAUCUUGACGACAUCUUCGCCGGAUUCCUCGCGUCCUCCGACCAAAAGGAGGUCCAACCGCCGGCCAAGCAGCGGAAGUCGCGGUUCCUCCCCCUCCUCCGCCGCUCGCUCCACCGGUUCUGCACUUUGAACUGGGCUGCCCUCUGGCAUAACCUGCCGUGCCCCAACCCGAGGCACUUCUUGGAGGAACCAGCUGACGAGAAUGGGAGCAAGCGCAAGGAGGGGCGCCAGGAGCAGGCGAAGGGCGAAGAGGCGUUUCAUGAUACCGCUGGAAUUGUGUUCUCCGGCAAGGUGUGCCAGGAGAACCCGAGGAUAUUCAGCUACGCGGAGCUCUAUGUUGGUACCAGCGGCUUCAGUAAGGACGAGCUUCUCGGCAGCGGCGGGUUCGGCCGCGUCUACCGUGCUGUGCUGCCCAGCGACGGCACUCUUGUCGCCGUGAAAUGCGUCGCCGAGAAGGGGGAGCGCUUCUUGAAGACGUUCGCGGCGGAGCUCGUGGCAGUCGCGCAGCUCCGUCACCGGAACCUGGUGCGCCUCCGCGGCUGGUGCGUGGAGGCGGACGAGCUUCUUCUUGUUUACGAUUACAUGCCUAAUCGGAGCCUCGACCGGCUGAUCUUCCCCCGCCAGGCGGCGUCGCUCGACUGGGCCCGCCGUGAAAGGGUCCUUUCCGGUCUGGCCGCCGCGCUCUUCUACCUCCACGACCAGCUGGAGACGCAGAUCAUCCACAGGGACGUGAAGACGAGCAACGUCAUGCUCGACGCCGACUACAACGCCCGUCUCGGCGACUUCGGCCUCGCCAGGUGGCUCGAGCACGAGCUGGAGACGACGCAGACUCUCUCGAGCUCGCUCUCGUCCUCGUCUUCCUCCCACCACUGGCAAUUCCGCCUCUCCAAUACCAGCAAAAUCGGCGGCACAAUCGGUUAUCUACCGCCGGAGAGCUUCCGGAAGAAGAACAUGUCCACAGCUAAGUCGGACGUCUUCAGCUUCGGGAUCGUUGUGCUCGAGGUCCUCUCCGGCCGGCGGGCCGUCGACCUCGCGUUUCCGGACGACCAGAUCAUGCUGCUCGACUGGGUUCGCCGGCUUCACGACGCCAGAAGCUCGGUCGAGGCGGUCGAUGAUCGCAUAACGAAGGAUGCGUCCUACUCUGUAGCGGAGGCCAAGAGAUUGAUCCAUCUCGGCCUCCUGUGUUCGCUCAACGACCCGCGAGCCCGGCCGCCGAUGAAAUGGGUGGUCGACGCUCUAUCCAGUAAUUCCGCCGCCGAAUUGCCGCCGUUGCCGUCAUUCAAUUCGGUGGCACCUUACGUUUCCUUGUCUUCAUCCUCAUCCAAUGGAACCACCACCACCGCCACCAUCAACACAACCACAUCAUCCUCAUCUGGCUCGACCGUCUACCUCACCGCUUCGGACGCCAGCUUUGCCAGCCCGGACUCGAACCCGUGGCAGCCCACCUCGAUUCCGGCCGUCGACACGCCGAGGGAAAUUUCUUACAAGGAGCUCAUUGCGGCGACAGGGGACUUCGCAGAGGCGAACAUGGUUGCGGAACUGGACUUCGGCACUGCCUACCACGGCGUGCUGGAGAACAACGUCAGAGUCCUGAUCAAGCGGCUGGGAAUGAAGACGUGCCCUGCAUUGCGCGCCCGCUUCGCCUCCGAACUCACCAACAUCGGACGGCUCCGCCACCGGUACCUGGUUCAGCUCCGAGGGUGGUGCACGGACCAAGGUGAGAUGCUUGUCGUCUACGACUACCUAGCCCACGGCCGCUCCCUCAGCAAAUUCCUCUUCCACCCGGGCAACUUCGUCCUGCCAUGGCGCCAGAGGUAUGCCAUCGUCAAAGCCCUCGCCUCCGCCGUUCUUUACCUCCACGAGGAAUGGGAGGAGCAGGUCAUCCACAAGAGCAUCACCUCCUCCUCCAUCUUCCUCGACUCCGACCUCAACCCCCGCCUCGGCGCCUUCGCCCUCGCGGAGUUCCUCGCCCGCAACGCCCACGGCCACUCCAUCGGCGGCAACUCCGAUUCUGUCCGGGGCAUCUUCGGGUACAUCUCCCCGGAAUACAUGGCAACGGGUGCGGCCUCCACGAAGACGGACAUAUACAGCUUCGGUGUGGUGUUGCUCGAGAUUGCCUGCGGUAGGAUGGCAGUCGAUUUCCGGCGGCCGGAUGUGCUGCUUGUGAAGAAGGUGCACGAGCCCGACGCGAGGGAGGCGCUGCUGCGACUGGCGGACUCGAGGCUGGACGGCCAGUACGACGCGAAGGAAGUGGCGCGGAUGCUGAAGCUGGGGAUUGUCUGCACCGGCUUCGACCCUCAGGAGAGGCCGAGCAUGAGGCAGAUCGUCAGCAUACUGGACGGCAAUGACCGGUUCCUCCACUCCAUGAUGAAGGCCUGCAAGGAGGAGACCAAGGAAGCGUGGGAUGCCAGGAAUGCUUCUUCCUUGGCCAUUGUCAAGAGAAUUCAAGCUCUGGGCAUCCACUAAAUCUUACUCCUUUCCUUCUGCUCGUUGGAACCAUUGUACAUAGUGGAGCAGAAACCGUGUGCAAUCCGGGAGAGAUCAGACCUUCAAUCAUGAACUUGGAAUGCCUCUGUCUCAUCAUGUUUUUGUGUUUUGUCUCCGUUUUUGUUUGUGGGAUCUUGUUAGUGGGGAUUUUUCAUUUUGAUGAAGACGAACUCUGUUGCUUCUCAAUUUCUUUAGCAUUUUGUAGAUAAGAUGGUGGUGUUCGGUUUCAUUGUGGCAUCCUUCUUGUACGUCAUUCUCGAUUGAGCUAACUGAGUUGAAUUCAGUUUCUAAA